AUGACAAACUUGGUGGGGAUACGAAUUUAUAACGGCAACUGGAAGGAAGUAGAAUGGACAGAUGUCCAAGGUUUGGCAGUAACCAAUGAUGUUACCCAACCAGACCCUAUGGUAGUUACACAUUUAGGACGUAGUGUUUCUCUCACUUGCUUUUGCCCAUCUGAAAUGAUAAAGAGUGUACUUUGGCUAAAACAAACUUUUGGACAAAAGCCUCUUCUCAUGGCAUCAUCAUAUCAUUACUCUCAGGAGAGUUCUUACUUCAAUAACUUCAUCAAAGACUUUAACAGGACUAAACGUUUACGUGUGAAGAGGGCAGAGGACAGUUUUAACCUGACUUUCAUAGAGACUGAACCAGGGGACUCCGCUACAUACUACUGUGCUGCUCUGAAAAUCAAUGAAAUUAUUAUAGCAGAAGGAACUGUCUUAAUUGUCAAAGGUUCCGAUUCCAAUAGCAUGUCUGUGCUUCAGCAGCCGGUGUCUGAAUCAGUCCAGCCUGGAGAAUCAGUGACUCUGAACUGUACAGUAAGCACUGAGACCUGUGAAGGAGAACACAGUGUCUAUUGGUUCAGACAUGACUCAGGAGAAUCUCCUCCAGGAAUCAUUUAUACCAAUGGAGACAGGAGUGGUCAGUGUAUGAAGAGCCCUGAGUCUGGGUCUCCUACACAGAGCUGUGUCUACAACCUCCCCAAGAGGAACCUCAGCCUCUCUGAUACUGGGACUUACUACUGUGCUGUGGCCUCAUGUGGAGAGAUACUGUUUGGGAAUGGGACCAAGCUGGAUGUUGGAGGCCAUUACACUGAACCUGUUCUUUUGGUGUACUGUCUGGGAGUAGCAUUGGGCGUCUCAAUCAUCCUGAUCAUUGUACUUACUUACAUUAUUUUCAAGAUUAAUUUGAUGAUGUGUUGCCAGUGCAGAGGACUUGACUCUCAGACAAGAGAUCCUACAGUUUCCCGGUCAGAUAGAAUGAACCAAGAUGCAGACAAUCUUCAAUAUGUUGCUCUGAAUCUGAACAAGAACAGGUCUUCAGGACAAAGAAGCAACAUGGAAAAAGAGAAGAUGGUCAUAUACUCCGGAAUUAGACAAUAG